AUGAAUCACGAGGCUGAAAGUGCUCCAUUAAUUUAGGAGGAAUAUGCUGUUCAAUAAUCCGAGAUAGCUGUGCAAGAUCAACCAAAAAUAGUUUCAAUCAAUAAGUUAUUCCUCUAAAAUACUGCUUAAGCUUUUAGUCCUGGCACAAUGAUUAGCAAAUAACUUUACAUUUUUACAAGAACUCUAAAAAAAUCAAUUGAAUAAUAUAGAAACAAUGAGAGCAUCCAAUUUUUGAAGAAUGUCUCUACAUCUUUAGAAGAAUUCGAUGGGGUUUCUUAUAGCAAUGAAGCAUUAAAUUAGGAUUAAUCUAUGACAGCUAAAGGGUUUAAGUUUUUUGGCAAAGCAAUCUCUAAGAUUAGAGACAAGUUUAGAGGAGAAUAAUCACAACAAGAACCAUAAGGAAACUAAUAGUAAAACAGAAAUGAAUCUCUAAUCCCAGAAUAGAGUCAAAGGAUAGAUGAAGAACAUGUUUGAAUUUAUAAAAAUUAAAUUUCCACAAAUUCCCCUA